AUGGAAACGGUGGACAAGAUUAUACUGCAACAAACGAGCCCCAAUUCCAAAGAUAUUGCUAGUCGAACCACCCACCAAACGGAGCAUGACGAUGGAAUUCUUAAGGACUAUCUACGUAACAGCUCGUUUCCGAUUGUGCGGUACUUGUUGGGAUCGAAUUUGCGUGUUACGCUGAAAGUGUUCUGGCUCGUUGUGGUGGUGUGUUUGACGGGACUUUUCGGCUUCACCGUGGUGGUCAACUACGAACGACUUAAAGAUCCUUCCAACGUGUACCUUACGGAGGCGGAAAAGGCACUACCCAUGUGGAGUGUACCAUUCCCUGCGGUUACUCUGUGUCCCCGGAAGGGUAGAUGCGUCAGUGAGCAGUUGCAAUUGGAACAGUUUUGUGUGAUGGUUUGUUGGCAGGAUGUGUGCACAAACGAGUGCGACAGGUUGAUGGACGCUGUGCGUACGGAGCGAGGCGUUUGCUACACGUUCAACGCAGUUGCUGGAGAGCAAAUUUUCAAGACAAAUAACUUGGUCAACGUGAAGGAACUCUCGAAUGCAUCCAGACCGACCGAAAACUGGGACUUUCUUCGCGGAUUACAAAUCAUCACUAGUGUGCUGGUGAAACAGUAUCCCCGGGCGGCCCAGGACAUGUCCGGUCGCUAUCGAUUAAAGAUCACCGUCUCCAACGAACAAAAUGAAACACUUUCCGACUGUUCGAACCCAUCGUUAGAAGCUUUCGUUCACUCACCGAUCGAUUUCCCGUUCAAGCUAAUAAACCCUACGGCAAUUCCAUUCAGCGCCGUAGUACAACUUCGUGUCUUUCCAAAACUUGUGCGAUCACAGCGCUAUCUAAGAUACUUUACCUCGUCUACUUCGGGCUGUAUAUCGCAGGUGCAAAAUCCACUCAAACUGUUUUCCAUCUACACGCAAAGCAACUGUGAGAUGGAGUGCCACACAGAAUACUUCCUCACUAAAAGAGGAUGUGUACUCGAUCAUAUGCCCCGAAGUCACGUAAUGAAUCUCUGCAACAGUACCACCAACUAUCGGCCAUACGAUGUGCUGGAUAAGAUCGUUUCCGGUCAGCUGCGGGAACAAAAUAUCCCCAGGUCACAGUUCUUCCGGCGGUUGUGUAAUUGUUUGCCCGCGUGUGUUGACUUUCGGUACAGAGCGGAACCUAGUUCGUAUACGGUUGCUGUGGAACCGUGGUCGAUGGAGUCGAACAGUACGGAAAGUUUGAACUCACAGUUGGUGGUGGAAUUGGCCGAAGAUCAUUUCUAUCCUCUUGUUCGCAGCGUUCGGUACAGUGUGCUAGACUUUGUGGGCGAUUUCGGUGGACUAAUAGCGUUGUUUUUAGGUAGUUCGAUUGUAUCGCUAGUAGAAGUGUUCUUUUUUUGUUUCCUCAAACCAGCAGUUGUGAGAUAG